AAAACAACCAGGUAGAUUCAUCUCGCGAUCCACAACCAAGCAGCUCCUGGCGGCUUACUCCAUUACACCCUGCCGAAUUCGGUGUACCAUUCUCUCAUUGCAUUCCUGUGACCGGUCAUCCUGCAAGUCCAUAGCGCGUGUGGACAACCCCCUCAUCGCUCCCUUUUCUUCUCCCAGAGUCGACAGUACACGCUCCAACUUUGACAACAAGAGUCGCGCGUCUGUUGGGCACACCAAGCAUCCGAACCAUGUUAAGAGAGUAGUAUCGCGAUAUACGUUGAGAUUUGCAUGUGGUUGGGUUAGUCCACUCCGCUCCCUGCCCGCCAACACCAUCACCACCUGGGCGCCCGGAAUUCAUCACGACGUGUUACCACCAUGGCCGAAGUCAACGGCAUAUCAAAGCACGAAGACACUAUCACUGUCUCCUCAUCACACCUAGGCAAGAGGAAGCGCACGGUAUCGCCGGAAGUUGCGUCAAAAGACGCUGCUCUGCAGUCGGCUCUACAAGAAGUCCUGCGAGUUCUCCGCAAAUAUGACACUACUCCAUCACUUCUCAAAUACCCCUUGCCUGCAUCCAAAUCCGAGGCGCCUGAAGUCAAACGAGCCCGCAUUGUCAAGUCAGAAUCCGCCAACGAUACUAUCGAGGAUCGUAUUCUGACAGGGACAUAUAACUCUUUCCAUGCCCUCAAAGACGAUGUCCGAAGCGUCCAGACCGCCCUGAUCACCGAUUUGUCUGAGACACAGAAUGGCAAGGUGGAAUCCGACGUCCAAGGGCAAUUGUCGAAGUUAGUAAAUGUACUCGACAGAUAUGACACUGAGUCGCCCGAAGUCUCCCAAAUCGAUGGCGAAGGUUUGCCUAAAGCGGACCUGAUCGGUCAAAAACCCAAACAAUUCCUUUCGCUACGCAGUCAAAUCAAUGGCGGUGUCCAGAUCCUCUUCUCGGGUCUGCAGGUCCAGCGGCAGCCUGAAAAGGACAAAGCGGAUGGUAUACCUGAGACUGAAGGCUCAAGGCUACCUAAUGGGUUCGAACUCACAGACUUUUCAGCAUUGGGCGGAGAUCAAGAAACAGCCAAGAAGCAAGAAAAGAGGUUAUUUGGGACAAUCUUUCGCCAGGCUGGCCGUAUCAAACCCUUGGAUCUGCCACACACGGCAAAGGAUGUGGUGAGAGGUAACACCCUGGAAUUCAUUCCAAACUCCAGCCGGACAGAAAAUCUGCCUCAGAACAAGCACGAUUACAAGUUUGCAAGAUUGGCCACGAGUUCAUGGCUCUCAUAUUCUACCACGAGUAACCAACCACAACAAGAGCGAAGAAGGGUACAGCCUGCGUCCAGCAACAAUGACUUCAAGGCAGCCCUCGAGGCUAACAGCGUGCGACAGGGCCACGAGUUCACUCCAGAUGAACUAUUCAGCUCUGUCUAUUCUUCCUUUGCGCCAAGUUCAGAUAAUUCAUAUUCCCUCGUGUCUGACAAAGAUAAAAGUCGGCAAUGGUGGAAACAAUACGGCGAGCAGAAGCUCUCAAGGCUUUUCAGGACUAUAGACCCGGCAGUGUCGCUGGUUGAUGGGAGAAACGGAGAAGCAGAAGACAAAGAUGAAUUUGCCGACGUGGUCGCGAAUUUCAAGCCUGAGGAAGACGAAGAAGAUGCACAACCUGAGAACUCAGAAAAGGAAGUUGAAAAGCUCCUGGAAGAGGUUUCGGAAAUGAUCGAAACUCUCAGUUCAUAUCAGAGAAACCGCAGCCUUGAGACAAUUGUUGCUGGCACAGUACCGAAGCCAACAAACCCGGAGAUCGACACGUUUGCGAUGUUGAGAGACCAAUUGAACAUCUUGGUCUCGUCAUUGCCUCCUUUUGCUGUCGCUAAACUCAACGGAGAUCAACUCGAAGAGUUGAACAUCUCCACAAGACUUGUUGUUGAGGCGCCAGACUACCCCGGAACGGGGCAAAUAGACGACUACAUGAUGCGUCGACAAAAGAUAGUCCAACAGGCGACAACAGCAGUCGGCCGUACAGCAGGGACUCCUCAGCAAGUUCGCCCGACCUAUUCGCAAACACAGGGGACCCCAAUGGCAUACAACUCACAAGUCCGAAAUUACAAUGCUUCUGUGCCAGCCACUGCUGCUUAUGGUAUUCGUUCACACCAAAAUUAUCAGACCCCGACAAUUGCACGACCAACUUAUCCACAAAAUGCGUACCAAACUUCCGCAAAUCCCUACUCAUCGUCGCGCCCCACGAUCCAACAAUUUCAGCGACCCUCCAUACAAAAUGGCUAUGGAGCUUAUGGUAGCAAUGUGUCAGCAACGGCUCAAACUCAGCCGCAAACUCCUAGCGGGUACCGGCCAACCCAACCAGGUUAUCAACAGCGCGCUCAAGACAAUGCUGCGACGCUGGCACGGUCUGCCUCGCCACAGAAGCCACUAGUCAAUGGCGCCCUCGGGCAAGGUCACCAGUAUCCGCCUCGGCAAUAUCAGACUCAACAAAGUCAGCAGCCGCAGACGCCGUAUCCCUAUCAGCAGAGGCAAAGUUCUGGAACGCCCAGCACACCGGUUGCGGCUACCGCAGGGACAGCUGGAGUGGCUUACAGUGGCAGAUUUGAUGGUGCUCCAGGCGACAGUUCUUCUCAGACGAUAGAGAUUUCUCGGUAAACAGGACAGGACCGGAGGCCGCAGGCCAGGACAAAACCACCAAGGAAAAGGUGCGAGGGAUCGAAUUCAUUGCCUUGCGACUUGUGUAUCAGUAUGCCCGGCGGUACAGUGAUAUUUUUGUCUUUCCGUUCUUCGAUUCUUGGAGACAUGCUUGGUCUUGAUCUCGUCGAAAGAAAGGUGGUGAUGAGGAUGAAAUGGGACUAUUUAUACCAGGAACGGUGAGGGAGAAAAAUCGUCCAUUUUAAUCAAGGGAGGUUUGCUAUAUUAACAACGAAUUGAUCAUCGACUAUUGCAUACCC